AUGCCGCAGCCGCAGCUGCUGGGCGAGAGCUUCUGGCGGCCUCUUGCAGAGCAGCUGCUGCUGCGGCAGCAGCAGUUGCUGCUUGAGGAGGACAGCAGCAGCAGCAGCAGAGCGGACGCCCUCAACAGUCGCCCAUGUCCUCACCACGAUAACCAGGCGUACACCGUGCAGCAGCAGCAGCAGCAACAGCUGCAGCAGCAGCGGCUGCUGCUGCAGGAGCAGCUGCACAACCUCGACCGCGGCCAGGGGGUGCCGCUAUACGGACAGCAGCAAGAUGCACAUCAGCUGCAGCGCCAUCGGGAGCUGCAGCAGCAGCAACUGCAGCAGCAACGGCAGCAAGAUGCUGCUUCGCGAGCGGCAGCUAUGCGAUGGGACUCGGGGCCAUCUAUAGCUGUUAAUGGCCGACCAAUACAGACAAGCAACAGCAGCAGCAGCAGCAGCAGCAGCAGCAGCAGCAGGGAGGUGUAUGGGGGGAGCGGGCAGGGAGAGUUCGUUGUAUCGACACCUAAUACCCGCUGUGCAUGCGGAGCAGCAGCACCCCCAGCAGCAGCACCAUCAUCCUCUGCAGCAGCAGCAGCAGCAGCGGAUGUCUUUGCUGCUGCAGGCACCCCCGCAGGAGUAGCAGCAGGCGGGGGGCGACCUCCUGCAGCAGCAGCAACAACAACAACAACAACAACAGUACCAGCAGCAGCGCCAGGUGCAGGAACAGCAGCAGCAACAGCAGCAGCAGCAGCAGCAGAGAAACUAUUAGAAGACCUGUCUCUAAAUAGCAGCGCGUGGUCCCUUUGGAGACAGUCCCUUGGCUGGCAGCUGGGCCUCUGCAGCAACAGUGCGCAGCUAGCGGAGGCAAUAUUAAGAAAUACUAAUAGUACAGAGCAGCAGCAGCAGCAGCAGCAGCAGGAGCAGAUGUUGCUGCUGCAACAGCAAGAACAGCUGCAACAGGAACAGGAACAGCAACGUCUUGCCGAAUACAGCCGGCAACAACAGCUGCAGCAGCAGCAAGAAGAAUUGCUGCAGUAUCAGCAGCAGCAACAGCAGCAGCAACAGCAGCAGCAGCAGCAGAUAGGGCAUGCAUUGCUGCAGCUAACUCCUGAGGAGCUGCAGCAAAAGGUUGAGGAGGCAAGGCGUCUCCUUGUAGAUUUGUCUCCUCCGCGGCAUCAGCCUGCUGCUGCUGCUGCAACUGCUGCUGCUGCGACUGCUGCUGCUGCUGCUGCCGCUGCGGGGACAGCAGCAGGCACAGCAGCAGCAGCUCCCGAUGGUGACAGCGUAGGGAUAUCUGAAGGCGAGGCAAAUGCUGCUUCUGUUGCUGCUGCUGCUGCUGCAGCAGCAGCAGCAGCAGCCGCUGCUGCUGCUCUUGGUAGAGAAAGAAGAACGGAUGCGGAUGGAUCGUUGCGAGAAGUCGACUUGGCGCUGCCUCCCGUAUUAGGGUUGCCGGUGCAGCCGCAGCUAUUAGAAGUUGGCGGCAGCAGUCCGCCUCCCUUGGGGGCCCCCCAUCUACGGAGACUGUUAAUGGGUACCCCUAAAAGGCGUCAAGGGGCCCCCGCCCGCAGCAGCAGACAGGAAGCAGAAGAGGCGCUCCUUGGUCCCCCUCCUCCUGCCCACACUAUAAGAUCACCACAGACAGCUCGGCGUUUUGCUACUGCUGCUGCAGCAGCAGCAGCAGACUCGCCGCUGCAUGCGUCUGACACAGAAGUCUUCGAUAGGCCUCGCCGCAGUCGUUCUUCUGUUCGGGGUUCUGCUGCUCAUUGGCGCAGCAGCAGCAGCAGCAGUAGCAGCGCGGCAGCAGCAGCAGCAGCUCAAGCCGCAGCAGAUGCUUUUACGCCUAUCCGUGGUAGCCGUAGGGACGCAGCAGCAGCGGCUGCAGCAGCAGCAGCUGCUGCUGCAGUCGUUGUUGCAAGCGGUAUGAAUGAGGAAGAAGGGCAUGCGUCAUCUGCUGUCCCGUUCUCUGCUGCUCUCCCUCAACAGCCCCGCAGCAGAUUGUCCCGUUUGCAGCCGCAUGCAGCAAGAAGAGUAGAGACAGCAGCAGGGACACCUAAAGCAGGAGAGGGCCUCUUAAUGGGGGCCCCCAAGCCCUCCUUACCCUCAUUAGCGAUGCCCUUCCGAUCUACAGCCCCUUCAGAUGCCGCAGAUAGCCACCAGCGCAUGCAGCAGCAACGCAUGCUGCAGCAGCAGCAACAGGAACGCAUGCGGCAGCAACGCGCUCAACAGCAGCAGCAGCUGCAGCAAUCGGAGACCGAUGAUAGUCCAGAUAGUGAAGAAUACGAUGCAUCAGGGGCCGAUGUAAGAGAGGAGGAGAGGUACCUGCAGCAGCAGCAACGGCAGCAGCAGCAGCAACGACGGCACCGGCAGCAACUGCAGCAGCAGCAGCAGCAAGAUGGGGCAAUGUAUGAGGAGACAGCUGCAGGAUUGAGUCCCCAACGUGGCGCAGCAAGAGCGCAAGAAGUUCCUGUUGCUGCCUACGGUGAAGAUGUGACUCCAAUGUCUCCAGCCGCAAGAGCAGCGCCAGCUGCCGCUGCUGCAGCUGCAGCAGCAGCUGCUGCUGCAGCUAGUGCGGGUGCUUCACCAGCAGCAGCUGCAGCUGCAGCAGCAACUGCUGCUGCUGAGGAGCUGAGUCUUCACGAGACAAGCCCAAAGAGGGGAGGGAAAACAAAUAGACUAUCUGCUGCAGAGGCUGCUAAAUCUGCCUCUCUUCCAGCUGCCCCAGGCGCCAGCAGCAGCAGCAGCAGCAUCAAUAACAGCAGCAGCAGCAGAAGUCCUGCAGCAGCGUCUGUGAAUCUGUUGGAUAACCCAAGAGGUUCUGCUGCAGCAACAGUUGAGCAGCAGGAUCCUGGUUACAUGCCUGCUGCAGCUGCAGCAAGUGACUGGACGGACGCAGCAGCCGGAGGGGAAACAGCAGCAGGAGCAGCAGCAGGAGCAGCAGCAGGAGCAGCAGGUGCUGAAGGAGAUAUGGAGCAUGCCUUCGAGUUCUCUGAUGCAUGGAGGGACGGAGGGGACACUCAUCAGUUUGAUGCCCCUGAGGAGCCGUGGCUGUCCGACGGAGAUGCAGCACCAGAGCAGCAGCAACAGCAGCAAGAGCAGCAGCAGCAGGAGCAGCAGCAGCAGGACAAGUUGGGAGAGCGAAAGAAGGCAGGAACAGCAGAUGCAGCAACAGAUACAGAUAACUGUCUCCUUCCAGAGACAGAUGCAUUAGUUGCUGUCCCCUCAGCUGUAUCUCCUUCCUCCCCCACAGCAGCAGGAGCAGCAUCAACAACAGGAGAAGCGGCAACAGCAGCACGAGCUGGUGCAGCUGCAUUAGCAGCAGCAGCAGCAACAACACCCGUAUCUUCUCCUCCUACAUUAUCCAUAGUCCCCCACCAAGGAGACGAUUCAUCCUCUUCCUCUGCAACCCCAACAGCAGCAGCAGCAGCAACAGGAGCAGCAGUAGUAGCAUCUCCUGUGCGCAGUGUACAACGAGGUAUUCAGACAUCUCCUGAGGUGGAGAGACACCCAAGGGCAAUAAGAGGUCGUCGUAUAGAGAGAAGAAGAGGAGCAGCACUAAAGACACAAUUAGAUCCAUGUGUCCCUCCUCCUAGUGUAUGUACACCGGAGAGGAGAUACCCACAAAGAAGAAGACUUAAACCUUUAUUAGCAUGGAUGGGGGAAAGAAUAAAUUAUGAUUAUGAAGGAAUGGUGAAUGUAGUCCGCUGCAGCAACAUGGUUGAGCUGUACGUACAGGGGGGAGAUAUAGGGGCAUUACCUGAUGCCUGUCUUGCUGCUGCUGAUCCAGGCAAGGUACUAAAGAAAAUAGUUAAGCAGCAAGACAUGGUACUGCCACAGGAGGGGGGUAAGGUACCUGCUAUUGAGGACAAGCAGCAGCAGCUGCAGCUGCAGCGGGAGGAGGCAGAGGCGGAGAGGGAGUGGGAACGGGAACAGGAGCAGAAGAAGCUAAGGAGGAAGCAGCAGGCAAGAAAACAGGCAGCUAAGGCUGCAGCAGCAGGAAGCAGCAGCAGGAAAAGAAGAGACAGCAGCGCGAGUUCAUUAGAUUCACGACUAGGAGACACUGCUGCUGCUGCUAAAGUGUCUACAACAGCAAAAGGACACAGCAGCAGGAAGGAAGGAAAAGGAGACAGAAAAAGAUUACGGACAGCUAGCAGCAGCAGCAGCAGCAGCAUGAAGCAGACACAUACAAAACAUAAAGAUAAACGAACCGACAAAGUAACAACGCAGCAACCAAGCAGCAGCAGCAGCAGCAGCAGCAGCAGCAGCAGCAGCAGUAGCAGCCGUUUGAAGAGGCUAUCGUUUGCUGCAAGGGAUAGCAGCACGUCGCCUCCCCGCAGAUCUGCUGUUGCUGCUCCUGCUGCAGCAGCAGCAGCAACUUCUUCUUCUUCUUCUUCUUCUUCUUCUUCUGAAGGAUCCAGUAGUGACGAGAGCGAUAGCGAGGGCGCCACAGCAGCAGCAAAGGAGGCCCCUGUCUCUGUAAAUACAGGCAGAACUGCUCCUCCUGAUGUAUAUAUUCCUAAGGAAUCUGCUGCUUGGCGAGCCAUAGGCCCUGGGGAGGCGAUGCAGCUCGCUGUUAUACGUCAAGGCCGUCGUGUCGUGUCUUACGGCGGCUACGCGGAGAUAUACCUUGCAUGCAUUCUAUUGGAUGCUGCAGCUGAUUAG